AUGGCUCGACCAGGCCAAAUCGUCACACAGUUUCCGGCACUCGAUCAUGAGCCAAGAGGACAAGGACCACCACCGUCAUAUCGAAAUUCGGCCGCCACUGAAGACACGUGGAGCACCGUUUCCGGCUCUGGUAUAAAUAUCCAAGCCAUGGGCAAACGACGUAGCAGCUGGAACAAUCUGGUGCAAGUCGGUGGCGAUCCUAUGGUUAAUAAGCAGCCGCCUCCACGACCGCAAGCUCCGCAGACGACGACAACGUUCUCGGUAGGCUCAAGAGCUUCAUCGGAGAUGGGCAUUCCCACGGUGUUCAGCACACAAUUCACGGCUCAUGGUCAAGCAAUGCCAAUGCAGAAGGUUUACUCAAACGAGCCGCAACUUGUGUCGGUUCCUCGUCCGGCCGGCACAAUUCCGUCGCACAGUGUUGCCGGAUCGAGAGCUCCGUCGGUGAUCACAGGUGGAUCGAAUCCAUCUCCACCUUUGUCACACUCGAAGAGCGAUAAACCCAAACGGAAUCGAUUGCAGGAUUGCAAGAGAUUCUUCUCUGGCAAAAAGACGAUUUGCUGCAUUUGCCUAUUUCUUGUGCUCAUCAUUGCCGCUAUAAUUGCCAUCGUCCUCUCACAAGUACUCCCAAAUCCAACGAAAGCAACAUUCAAUUGGAUUGCUCCUCAAAUGUUCACAAAUGGUCAAAACGCCUCAUCUCUUAUUGAAAUGGAAGCGAAAGAUCAGAGAAUUCGUUUCCAUAUGACUGGAGCUGCUCCGAUGAAAGGCAAUUUUAUUAGUUACUACGAUUUUAAUAAUAACCAAGUGGUUACAAUCGAUCAAUCAUUGCAAGUGAGCGGCAAGAAUCUGUAUUGUUUCAUUUCACCGAUGGAUCGAUCCACGAUGCCGAAUCAGAAGCAAGUUCGAAGAGCUGCGAAGAACUCGAUUACUCGAAACCAGCAAACCGAAGGAUGGCAGGAGAAUUGGACGUGGCUUCCAUCGCCGGUGCAGCUCGCCAGCGGAGCAACGAAUAUGUUCAAUCCUCCGAUUCCCGAAUGCAAUGGAUCUAGAAUUGUUCAACUCCAACAGACAUCUGAUCAGAAGAACCGCCCAUGCAGUGAUUGUUACGAUUUCUGCCUUCCCGACUAUGGAAUCAUGCGCGAUUCGGCAAAAAAUAAUGAAGAAUACUUGAAUGUCGUGCGACGUAAUUGCUUCUACCUGUUCGUUCCCGAAUGGCGAACGUAUGCGCAAGCGAAAUCCAUCGAGCAGAAUCAGCAAGACUUUGAAAAUUAUUAUCGUAAUCGGCAGCACAUGCAAGUCUCAUACAAUGGAAACAAUCAAAAUGCGGGAAGAUGGAUUAGCCUGAGUGGAGUUCCGAAAGCAAUGAUGAACGCCACUGGAAAUUUGAUAGGUCAACUCGGCAAUUCUGUAGAUCAAUUCCGCCACAAUAUGUACGGCGCGAUCGCCGGACAACAGCAGCAACCGCAGCAGCCUCAACAACAGCAAUUCGGAUAUGGCCAGCAGCCGGGAUACCAGCAGAAUGCCAACCAGAUGCCACAGCAGCAACAGCAAGGAUAUCAAAACGGGUUCAAUAAUGGGCAGCCUCAACAGCAGCCAACUCAGGGAUACCAUCCAGCGGUUAAUGGGGUUGUCAAUCUUAACGGAGUUAAUGGGAAUAAUGGAAAUACCGUGUACAAUGCGAAUAUUCCACAACAACACCAAAAUCAGUUCCAGCCUGACGUUAAUAGUCAACAGAAUCAGAAUCCUUCGGCGAUUUCACCAGACCCCAGAAGAAAUGCGCCUUAUUCAUCAUAUCCGAGUGGUGUCAAUAGUGGAUAUUCAUCCGAUCCACGACAAGUCUCUUCGGGAAACACAGGCCAUCAAGGAGCGAUGAAUGGGUUCGGAGCGCUUCCGAGCUAUCAGACUUCUCGAUACGGAUUCACAAGCCAAGUCUCAACUGAUCCAAGAAACUCGCAAAACAACAAUCAUAAUCCGAACCAAAACCAGCAAAAAGUCAUUGGAACCGUGCUCAAUGAAUUCGGAAAUCCAGUGAAUAUCAACGCGGCAACUCCAAUCCCAUACGCAAGUAUUCAAACAAGCCAGGGUUUGGCGCCAACUCCGCCAAGAACUGUGCCAUUUGGAGCCCAACAUGCCGGAGGCUAUCAGCCAAAUGUCAUGCAAAAUCAAAACGGGGGCUACCGAGUUGAUGCCGAGCCGAUCAAUUAUAAUGUUCCUACCUACCAACAGCCACUGCGGCCUGACACUGUCGGAAGACCCGGCCGUAUAUUCAAGUAA